GGCUUUCGCCAAGGUUAGAAUCACGAGUAUCAGCAUUGAGACGUCGAUCAUCUCAAGUACGAGAUCGUUGGGCCACAAAAAUGGAAUUUUUAUUGGCGGUGAUUGGAUAUGCAGUUGAUCUAGGCAAUAUCUGGAGAUUUCCAUCCGUAUGCUAUAAGCAUGGAGGAGCUUACAAGUUUAGGAGCGUUUCUUAUACCCUACUUGGUAAUGUUAUUGGU